CGUAUUAAAUACAAAAAAAAUUUUAGAUUAGUGAAUACCCGUUUGGGGGAUUAAUUGGUAUUGAAUUGCAACACUGUUUAAAGUAAAACAACUUUUCAAAAUAUUUAGAAAUUUUGAACAUUUGUUGGGCAGUUGUGAUACGUUAAGGUCGACUUAGGUCAGUGUUAAAACGCUAGUGUCAUUGGUGACUUGUAAAAAGUUUUCGAAAAUAUCAAAUCCAUUAUUGAUAUAAGAAGUGGUUUUGUCUCAUUAAAUAAGCGAGAAUUGAAGCCUCAUUUGUCAUAGACCAAUGUUAACAACCAAUCGUCUUUUCGCACAAUGUCAAUGCCAAUGAGUAAUUUAAAUAACAGCGGAUAUAAUACCGGAUUUGGACACGGUCACCAGCCUUCAGCACCGGGGGCAUAUGGUUUUGUGCCAGGACAAGUGCAAGGCGGUUAUAUGCCGACCUACGGUGAGGCUCUUACGAAUUACGGUGUUCAGCAACUUCCAUAUGGCGGCGGCCACCAACCUUCUUAUGGUGGUCAACAGCCACCCUAUAACGGCAUGGUCCAACCACAACCGCAGUAUAAUGGUGGUCCACAAGGUCCAAUAGUUAAACAACCGGGAAUGCCACCAGUAGUGCAACCAAUGUCAAAAGCGGGCGACUUGCUGAGUAUUCCACGCGGCUUGGAGCACCUUACAAUGAUCGACAAGCUUUUGAUUCAACAAAAAGUCGAAUUAGUGGAAGCCUUCACCAAUAAUAAUAAUAAAUUCUCAAUAAAAAAUGCGCUCGGUCAAAAUAUAUAUUACGCCGUAGAGGAUACCAAUUGCUGCACUCGUAAUAUGUGUGGAACAGAACGUCCUUUUGAUAUGAAAGUUUUCGAUAAUUUCCGUAACGAAGUCAUCCAUAUGUAUCGUCCAUUAGCCUGUUCGACAUGUUGUUGCCUACAAUCAAUGGAAGUGUCCGCACCAACGGGCAAUGUAAUUGGCACUGUCGAACAAGAAUGGUCCAUCUGUUCGCCUUCAUUUCGUAUUAAAAAUCACAUUGGCGAUACUGUGUUACGCAUUGAGGGUUCUACUUGCUCCCUCAUAUGCGGUCAAGUAGAAUUUAAGGUGGUUUCUCUAACCGGUGAAACUGUGGGGAAUAUUUCAAAACAAUGGUCUGGUUUAUCACGCGAAAUAUUCACCGAUGACGAUUUCUUCGGUAUUACCUUUCCGAUUGACUUGGAUGUGCGCAUGAAAGCUGUUCUGUUAGGCGCUACCCUCCUUAUUCAUGUAAUCUUCUUUAAAACAUAAGAAAUUUAAAUGUAAAAUUUAUCACAAUAGCAAACCAUUCGAAUGUGAAAAAACACUAAUUUUUAGGAUACAUAUAUGAAUUAUGACUAGUACGUCACGAAGCCUAAGUAAAUAGCAUUCAACUAUAGCAAACAUGUUAGUUUCAGAUUGGUGUCAAUUAAAACGCUUCGAUCGCUUUUUUCAUUUAUCUUUGCAUUUUGUAUAAGCUUAUGUACUAAGUUAAAAAAAUCAUUAGUAAGCAAUUUAAUGUACGUAUGUAUAUAUUCACUAAAUAUUUAUGUACAAUAACUAUAAAGAUUAAAGCCAAGCAAAGUUCUUGAAUUUUACGAAUUGAUUUACCGGAAAUGUACAUUAUUAAAUAAUCGUCAUAUCAAGCUUGUAUUAAUUAAAUUUUAAUAACAAUUUUCGUACCAAAAAAACUUAAAAACAGUCUAAAGAAAUGACCACUUUAAUGCUUAAUUAAAUUGUUUUGAUUCUUUGUUUCUGCUGUACAACAAAGUUCAAUAACAACAACAAAUGAAUUCACUAUCGUAAUUUAUAUAUAUCUCAAUAAAAUAGUUUUACAUCUUGCACAAUAAGGAUAACCACGGGAGUAUAGCCGAAUCAAUAAUAGCUUGCCAUUCAUUUCGACUUCUGCAAAACUUUUCACCUUCUAGUGCCGUUUCAUCGGAUGUUGACAGCAUCUACGCUUCUGCACCAUAAAGCAUGACAGGAAUAAUGAGCGACUUGUAGAGUUUGGUUUUGGUGCCAAUUGUUUGUUUGAUGACAAGCCUGGAGAAAGCAGAACUAACAGCGCCGUUAUUAAUGUCAAAGACCUUGAUAUCGCACUCUUUACUCUUUUGUAAAAUAUUGUAUCCUGUCUAUUUAGCUCUGCGGUUCUUAUUAUUUUCUCCAGUAUCAGGUUAAAGAAAUCACACAAUAAAGAAUCGUCCUCUUUGAAACCCCUUUUGAUACCGAACUGCGCUUCGGAUAUUAUCCAACGUCAGUUUGCAUAGCCGUAUAAGCUUUGGGAUACCUUAUUCUGACAUGGCGGCAGCUCCAUUUCGUGCUUUCGAAACUUUCACUGUCAUUCAGCUGUUUGGAAAAGUGUUCCUUCCAUAAAAUCAGUGUACACUGGUUAUCAGUGAUUAGAAUAUCUCCUGGGUUCCUAUAUCAGAAUGCUCCGGUCUUAGAAAUGUUAAAUUGUUAAGCAUUCUGCCAGUUUUUCAAGCUCUCUUACUCACGCAUUUCGGCCUCUUUUUGGGUAUCUAUCCUCCUCGAUCGCAACGCUGAUAGAUCGGAAGUCUGCUUUCUCUCCACUGCGAAACGGCAAUCCUCAUCGUACGCAGUGAGUUUGAGAUGCAUUUCCAAAGUUCUUUUAUAUCGAGAUGUUCAUGAGCAGAAGUGUAAGGCGAGUAGAAAACUGCUCGGCUGUCUGUUGUAAUUGCAACUUGUCGUCGUACAACCUUCCUUGAGUUUGUUGACGGGCGUUCUUUGCUAUAUUGGUCCACGCACGUCUAGAACACUGGAAACAUAUCUUUCUAUCUAUCACAACAUGAUCGAUUUGGUUGAGCGAUUUUCGCAAGACACAAGAAUAUUCAUGAGCCACGUAGUUCUCGGACCGCAGCGAAGUCGAUCUGCCUCAAACCGUGUGACGAUAUUUCUUGACCAAUGAUUAUAAAAAAUGCAAGAAAUCAUGAAUUCUAUAUUUUCGGUAUUUCUAUAUAUUAUACAAUUGCAUGAAUUGAGUUUAGAUUCUCAUAAAGCUAUAUCUAUUAAUUUCAAUACAUCGUUACAGGUGCUACUUAAUAUAAACUAUAUUAAAUACAAAACAUCUUUCGAGUAGUGAAUACCCAUUGGAGGGAUUAAUUGGUAUUGAGUUGCAACACUGUUUGAAGUAUAAAAACAAAAAAAAAUUGAAUGUUUUUUGUGCAGAUAUGAAAUGUUAAGGUCGCUUUAAGUCAGUGUUAAAACGGUAGUGUCAUUGGUUACAUGUAAAAAGUUUUCAUAAAUAUUCGGAAAUACCGUUAUAUGAAUUGGUUGCAUCUCAUUAAAUAAGCGAGAAUUGAAGCCUCAUUUGUCAAAGCUUUUCUUGUAAAGCGUCUUUUCGCACAAUAUCAAUUCCAAUGAGUUAUUUAAGUAACAGCGGAUAUGCGUCCAGAUAU